AUGGCAAGUAACGCAGACAAAUUUGGUAAGCAGCGUAUAUAAAUAUCUAUAUAUCUCUUCAUUAUAUAGUUGGCUUUUGUAUAUCAUAUAUAUAUAUAUAUAUAUAUAUAUACCUAUCAAUCCGAUCCUACGAGCCUGGCAAGAAUUAUGUGGACACCUAAUUAACUUUCCUAACGCAAAUAUUAACAUUGAGACGUUCUUUCAUGAAAUUCGUCCUCCCCCUGCUCCCUAUUCAAUGUUGUUUUUCGCAUUUACUUUGAUCACUGCGCACGGUAAUUUAUUUGUAAUCAUUGUAACUUAAAUUUUUUGUGCAGUAACUGUGUAUCUGUCGUAUUAAUAUAUAUGUAUAUAUAAUUGUGCAAAUUUGAAUAAAAUCUAAAGUCUAAAAGGUAGGAGGAGAAAUUUUUGGGGGAUUAGUAUAGGUAAUCAUGCGAUGGCGAGUACAAUUAGGGAUUAAUAGUAUGAGAGAUGUUUGGAAAUUUUGCCAAAAUUGGACGAGCCGCCGGGGCGGGUCCAAUUUGGCAAUUUCCAAACAUUACUUGUUUAUUAUUAGCGUGACAAAAUUGGAUACUUCUCCGUCAAGAUCUUAUUCUCUAGCCAAAGCCCAGUCCUGCAAGACAUUCAACCUAAUUUGGUGGGUUUUUUUCGUAUUUUCAUUUAGUUCUUUUGUUAAAGCAAAAUUUGGUGCUUUUGUUCGUAUUUUCAUCUAGUUCCUCAAGGGCAAUUUCAUUUCACAUUUGUGUUUAAUUAAAAUACCUUUCCGCCAUUUUAUUUGUUUUGGGAAAAUCAUUAAUUGUAUACUGCAGUACAAUUAAUGAAAUAAUUGUACUCCUCUCAACCAAUCAGCAUCCAGUAAUUUUGUCAUGCUAAUAAUAAACUCUGUAACAAUACAUCUACUUUUGUUUGACGCACGCGAUGUCCACGAUCAUUUUUGCCUGAAAAAUUGCAAUAGCUAUGUUCCAGAUUUUCACACAGUUCAUUAUUAGUGGGCAUGAAAAAAUUAAUUUAAGAGAUGAAUUUUGACACUAGGAUUAUUAAAAUUGAUCUAGUAGAACCAAUGCUAUAUGGCUUUUUAAUUAAAGCAAGGAGUCAUGAAACCUAUUGAUAUUCUCAACAAAACUAAUACAUGAUUUCAAUGGUCCGUGAUGCAAAAAAUCGAGCAUCGGUCGCAGAGAUGAAGCCAUUUGCAGUAAUGUGUUACAGAACUUUAGCUUGAUUAUCUUAUUACUGAACUUUAGAUUGAUUAUCUUAUUGACAUUUCUAGCUAUUGGAGUGCUUAUGGAUAGCAAUUAUAGUGGAUUUGAAGAAGAUCUUGGAAGAUUUAUAACAAAAGGACACAUGGACAGAUCUCUUCAAGUCACAAUCAAUAUUUCCAAGAAUUCCAUUAAGAAUAAAGGUAAAACAUGCUGCUAGUAUAUAUAUAUUUGCAACAUGGCUUGUUAACCAACUCCUUCAAUAUUUAUUUACAGUAUUGGUACUUUUUUUCGCAUGAAGGUUAUCAGUCACAAAUUCUGAAAUGUUAUAUCAGUUCUUACUGCAAACUUAAAUUGAAUAUAAUAAAUAUGUUAUAGCAACUUGCCAAAAACUGUACGUAACUUUUCAACAAGUGCUGAAGUAGUAGUGCGCAAACACAACCUGACGUCCAAUCCUGAUGUGCAUUCUUACGCGUGGACCAAUCUGCUAACCCUAAUGGAGUUACGGGUCCUCUUCUCUUUUCCCCUUUUCGUUUAUUUAGGGGUUGGGAUUCUUCUGGAUUUCCCCCUCUAUUUAAAGGCUAGGCCUUCUUGUGUAUCGUCUUCCUGCUCUCUUACAUCAUUGUCCGUAAGUCCAAUCUUUUCCUUAAUAUUCUAGUUCCAUUACUUUCCUUUGUCUUCCAUUACUCUAGCCUUCUUGUGUAUCGUCUUCCUAACUAUACUUUCUAUAUUCCAGCUCUUCUUUUAACAUCCUCGAGGCUUUUUAAGAUAUUUUUUGAGAAAUAUUUCGUGUAUCCAUUGUAAUUUUCUCAUCUCAGUCCUGUCUGAUAGUCUCGCUUUCUCCUUCCUCAUUGUCAAGUUUCAACUCUAUAGUUUUAGUACAUUCUUAACUACUCUCUAUUCUAGCUCUUCUUUUAGCAUCCUUCUUUUUAAGAUAUUUUUGGAGCUAUAUUCCUUGUAUCCAUCGUAACAUUUUCAUCUAAGUCCUCUCAAAUAGCCCCUCUUCCUUUCUCAGUGUCCAUAUUUUAGUUGCUUACAACACUGACAGUCUAACGAUAAACACUUUAAAAGCAUUUUACUUGUGUCUUUCACACUAAUCUACUUGUUGCUCUUACAGGUGGCUUGCUCAAAAAUAUAGAGUAUUUCAAAGAUAGCCGGGUUAACAUCAUUAUUGAUCUAGAAAGAAGUGGUGAAGAGGCAAAAACCUUAGCAGAAUAUCUCAAAAUCCCUGUGGUAACAAUGGUACCACAAUCUAAACCUCAAGGAAAAUACACCAUUUCAAUGUAUCCAAGUAUCAAUGUUAUCAAUUCAGCCAUUAUUGAUGUCCUACUGAGGUACAAGGUGACAGACAGUAUUCUUUUAUAUGACGGUAAGGUUAUAUAACUAUAUUGCAUAGGAUCCAAAUUAAAGACCAAACGAAGACGAGCGCGCACGAGAGUUGGCAGUAACGCGAUCUUAGUUAGCUGUUCUUAAUGCUUUCCCAACUUUUCAUGGAUUUUAUUUAAGUUAGAACAUAGCACACUCAUCAAAUAUUUAUUUUGUUAAUCUAGACCUUGAAAUGCCCCCUGUAAUAUUUCGUGACUGCCAACUCUCAUCAACUCUAAUUCUUGAUUGACCGAAGCUUAAAGACCAUGUCAAGUCCGUUCUGCGCAUCAGUUCUGCUCAUAACAAAGGGGGACCCACAAAUACAAACAUUGCCCAAAUUUUGCAUCUUUGGAACUUUUUUGAAUUGAAAUGCACUCUAGUUUGCAUUCAUUUACAAUAGUGAACCAGAAAAGUGUUAGAUAUUCAGUUAGUAUGUCUUAUUUACAAAUAUAGCAGUUCAAAAUGUAAACAAAGAAUUUGUUUACAUUACGGACUUGACAUGGUCUUUAAGCAGUAAGCUGGAAAAGCCUUUAGAAAGUGAUGGUUACUUCUAUUGAAUUACUUCAAUCUUUACUUGAGGUAUUGAUACUACUUUACACUGCUUUUUUCAAAGUCAAGUAGUCUGUUAUUGUCUGUCAUAUAGAAAUUAUCUUCAAAUAAGUAAUUUAUAUAGCUUUGAUAAUCAUCGAAGAAAUGUGUUUCUCAAAAAUCUCCCAUUAUCUUGAUCUGUGAAUUAAUAUUGCAUUGACUUUCACAACCUCAAUAACUGUAAAAAUACGACUAGAUUUCCUGAUUGGAAAAGGUAGAUUAACUAAAUUAAACAUCUGUCCAACCCUACUGAAAAAAAACCUAUAUUUUUCUGUACAUGAGGGAGGUAUAAAUGUUUUCAGACAUUACUUUAAUUCUAAUUCGCAUUCCACAGAGAAGCGAAGCCGUCAGGCGAUGAACCUGCACACAAAGAGUCAACGGGAAUACAUAAAAAUGGAGAUGAUGCCAGAACUCAAGAUCAAUGACGUCAGCAUGAUUAAGGACGUCAUACGAAUGGCAUGGAACACUCAAAUCAAAACCGUUGUCUUGCUUUGUGAUACCAGAGAUAUUAAACAAGUGGUGAACGCUGUAAGUCCAUUGUAGCAUCAUCUACAUUCAACUCAAUUCCCCAAAUCACCCAUGCAGUACAAUAAUUAGAUCUUGCUUCUUUAUCCAAUUCCAAGACUGACCCGGUAUGCCCGCUUCAAUGCCUGUUCAGCACCCUAUUUUAUCCCAUGUCGACAGUUAUUCCUUUCAGAUCGACUUUUACACAGCCCACCAUUUCUUCUUCGGUCUCCUUAAUCUCCAAGACACCCCUUAAUCUCUUCCUAUUACAUCUUUCUUAGACUUCCCUCGUCUUCUAUGCAAUGUCCAUCAUCCCACAUCCUCGGAUGUCUUCAUUCCUAAUCUUCGGCAGGGUCUAUUUCUGUCUAACUCAUUCGGGUUUCUUCCUUUUCCACAUAAUCCAAUAUUCAACUUGAGAGUCUCCCAGGGGGUCUGUGUUCCCGUGAAAAGUUUUCCCCGUGUCUUUUCGGAAUUGUUCCCGUGUUCUCAUUGCAAGAUAUGCCUUGUCUCUUUGUUCCCUGAAAACCGCUUGGAGACCCUCAACUUCAUACAGCAGCACAUACUGUUAACCAUAUCAGUUCUUUUUUAACUUUUCUCCCCAUAAGUCCAUUCAGAAUCAUCCGUUAUAUGUCCAGUGUAGCCAUGAACGGAUACUCCAUAUUUUCAGGUGUGAUUGAAUCGAAAUUAUAAUCAGACAGCAUGCAGUCUAUUAGAGCUUUAUUACAUAGCAAAACAAAACAAACUAUAUAAGGGAGGCUACUAUCAAUGAAAUAUAUUUUCUAGACAUUACAGUCAAGGCUUUAUGACCGAGAUCGUCAAAACUGGAAGUGGAUAGUCAGUGAUCUGGAUUUUCGAGGCCCAGAUUACGAACCGCUUGAUGGCUUUGUUGGUUUGACUCUUCCCAUACCGAGCUGGAAAACAGAUUCCGUUGACGAAAGACAGACGUUUGGCAGAAAGAUACAUUCAGAUGUAAGUAGUGGCUAUAAUACUGGAAGUUCCAUUUCAAUUCCAUUACCUUUCACCAAAUUAGUUCUUAAUUUACUUAUUAUUAACCAUCGUUUUAAGCUAAUGGCAACAAUGAAGGGCAUCAAAGAUAAUGAACCUUGUUUUUUUAUAUAUUUAUGAAAUACAGCAUGACAUUAUCAUUAUUAAAAUCAUUAUAUAUAAAAAGUAUCUUUGGAAGGCCCCUCCCCUUUGACCCUUUAGAAUUCUACCUCACAUCUUCUACUUUAUCUUUUUAUUUUUAUUUUUAUUUUUAACGAGUAUUGUGAUGAAUGGUACUAACUACUCAUUUUUUAUGCAAAUUUAUAUUAUUUCUCAUUUUAAAUAAUAGGUCUAUUACGCCACAGUAAAAGAUGCUUUGUUCCUGAUAAAUGCGGUGGCGAUGGAGAUACAGGAAAAAUUAAAAUUACACAAUGUUACAGAUGUUAUAUUGCAAAAAAUUAAAAAUGUGAGAAAUUUUAUUUAUUUAUUUAUAAACUUUACAAUCAACAAAACGAUUGAAGGUACAGACAACAGGAUUGAGACAUUGUGAAACAAUAGAGACAGGGUUACAAACUUUGACAAAGCUACAACACAAAAUUACAACACACGAUCAAUGCGUUCCAAACCAUCCUUAUACACUUUCCAAAGAUAGUAUAUACUAGACAUGGACCGCUCAUAUAUUGCAGUUCUUUCUAAGUCAAUUACCUGGUUUGGGAAAUGACCAAGUUACAAAAAGGUUUCAUACAUAUAAAUGUAUCAACAUAUAUUGUAUAGCACAGACCCAGGAUACAGUAAACAUCCUAAACAUGCAUGUGUUCCAAGCUGUCCCUGCACUUUCCAAAGAUAGGAUAAAGAUAAGAUAGGAUAAUAUUUUAUAUUAAUAGAGGGGCACGUUUCCUCACUCUCUCUCCUUACAUUGAAUUUAACAUAGUCUUUCAAAAUAUGGUUUGGCAACUCGGCUAAAGUCUUUGUUCUAUCUUUUUGUCUGCGUUUAUGCAGUUUUGUGCACGGUGCAUGGUCAAUGAACACAUUGUAUUUCAGUAUAAUGAACGAAUCAUCCAAUAACAGCGUUUCAGUUCAGUCAUUCAACCAUGCUAUUUAAAUAUUAAUAAGCCUAAAACAAAGGAUGUGUACGGUGUAAGGUACGGCUCAACAUAGAAUCUCAGCUCAUUAAAAUCGCUUUGAAGUUUACUGAGUUUCCAGACCAUGUCUCGAAAGACUAUGAAUUUAAGAACUGACUUAAUCAUUAAUUUUUUUAUUACAGAUAUCUCUACCACUUUGUUCCUCAAAAAAGGUACGCACACUUUGGCUGAAAGCAGUCCAAGUGCACCUAUAUGGAUACAAGCUACAUAACUGUCAUCUUCUAAUUUUUUUACAUAGGCCAAAAACUGUGGAUUGACAGGAGAAAUCAAAUUUGAUGAACAUGGAGUGAGAAAGAUAGAUAAAAUGGAUUUUGUUGUAGUGACUAAAAACAAACUUACUAGGGUAAUAAUUAAUAUAUACCGUAAAUUACCGAAUAAGCGUCCGAGCCUUUUAGAAGAGAGAGACGUUUACUUUUGUUUGAUUUUUUCCAAGCAUGACAGGAACGAUUAGUGGUGGCCCUUACUGGACCGUUUAGAACUUAUAACUAAUAUUUAACAAUUAUUGAAUGCGGUUGAGCAAGAUAUGCAUGAAUAUGAUGUCAAACCGAAGUUUGUGUUAUGUUGUGACGCAAUACCUCAACUCCUUUGGCAGUCGUCAAUGGUAUAACAUCAUAGCGUUUAGGAUUUUUCGUAUCAAUUUUAUGACGUCACACCAUUGAAUAUUAUCUAAAAACUCCAUACUUGAUCAGCUAUUGAGUUGAAUUGACGUUGUCACACUGCCCUGUUAGCCAAUCAGAAAGCAUGAAUUCUAAAUAAUAAGGAACAUUGAACCAGUAAGUGAUGGAUCAAUGGCCCAUCCUAUUCCACUAAGGAUACUUCAGAACGCAUAGAUAUCCAGUAGAAAUAACUACGUUUCUUUCUUUUCUUUACAAUAAUUGUAUUUUCUGUACCUAGGGCGGAACGUGGAAUGUAGAGCCAUUGAAAUCUGAACUCCCGGAAGUGGACUCGAUACGUUGGGUGGGCAAAGUCGUGGAGAACUACAUUUGUAACGAAGUUAGAGAUAAAGAACCAAUGAAGAAGACAAAGAAGAAGUUAAAAAUAAUGUUGAAAAUCGUAAGAAUAUCUUUCAUUACAAUCAUACAAUUACUCAGGAAUGAAAUACAUGCAUAGAAAUGUCAGUAAACAAAACGUUUAAAAUUAGGUUGAAAAUUGUAGGUAUGUCUUGUACAAUUGCUCAAAGAAACAGUUCCUUAUAUAAUUCAGUGACGUCCUACAUAACGCUAAUUGUCUAGCAGAUGAAAUACAUCAAAGGUCUAUGUCUGAAAAUACAGAAACUCAAGCCCCACAAAAUACACAACAUUUUCUGGUGAUGACCCCCCACACUCGUCUAUAAGUUUACACUUUCCCACUUGUUUUAGUUAGAUCCCUUUUCCUUGAUAAUGGCCACUCUAUUAACAAAUGCGUAAACGAGGUCACGUUUAAAUGUCACUCAAAUAGCCACAAUCAGAAGACAAAAUGUGGAUUUGUGCAUGUUCACCGUACGUGGAACAAUUACAAUUAGCUUUGCCAUUUUCUCUUUCAUUAUUUCUAAAGAAAACAUUCAUAUCUUAAUGUGUAGUCGGAUCCUCCAUUUGUGUUUGUGAAUGAAAGCAAGUUGGCACCGCAAAACGUGACAGGAUUCACACUUGACAUCGUACGUGAGUUAGCAAAGAGAUUUGAUUUUGACUACGAGUUUGUCGUACUAAAGAAAGGUGGAUCAAAAGCAUUCGUCAAAGCUUUGCAGGAAAAGGUAUUCGGAGAGUAAAGGGAUUGGAGUGGAAAUUGGGAUUGUUCUCAUUGCAUGCUGCCACAUCUUGUAAUGUUAUAAUAAGGGUUCUAGCGUCUAGUGAAGAUGAAAUUCCAGGUGUUUCAAGGACCUUUUAAAAUGGCACGGAUUUUGUUUUGAAGCUCUACUGUUUAUUCAAAAUCAGUAGUCUAAAUAUUGUUCAAGUCUUAUCAGCACAGUUGGAAAGACGUUCCAGGACUUUCAUGGACUUCCACUUAGUUUCAAGGACUUUCCAGACCUGUAUUUCCUUUUUUUUCAAAUUCAAGUACUUCCAGAAAUUGCAAGGCCCGUGGACACCCUGAAUAAUUUUAAAUUUUCAUUGUGUUUUAACACAAAAAAAAUUUUGUAUACCAUUUAUCUAUACCAUCAUCUGUUCCAGGAAAGAUUCUGAAUGGACCUUUCCCCUUAUAACUAAAAUUUUUAUCUAGAUAAAAAUUUCAUCACAGCUUGAAAAAGCAUCACAAAAUUAGUAAUAUUCCAAAGUUUCGUUGCGAAAUGUUGUAAAAUGCAGAUAAUAUAGGCUAUAGCCCUGCGAAAUUUACAAUUUUCAGUCAUUUUGUAUUACAAACGGGAAAUUGAUGCCCCAACACCCGAUUGGGCUGUCAAUUCCCGUGCGUAAUACAAAAUGACUGAAAAACGGCAAACUUCGCGAGGCUAUAUGCCUAUAUUAUCCGCAUUUUACAACAUUUCGCAACGAAGCUUUGGAAUAUUACUAAUUUUGUGAUGCUCUUUCAAGCUGUGAUUACAAUUUUGUCUAGAUCAAAAUUUUAGUUAUAAGGGGAAAGGUCCAUUUGCAUUUCUUAUUUCGCCAAAAAAGGACCAAGGUUUUCCUACGCUCCCCUUUUUUAUGAACAUUCCUUAUCUUUUUUGUCUUCUUUAUCUUCGCCCAGUCUACCUUGCGCUUCAUUAGACUUUCCCACACAGCCUCGGUUUUUCUUUCAUAGCUUCACUUUGCUCUCCCAAGCCUUAUAUAGCUAUUUCAGGUAAUCGUCACCUUCUGUUCUUCACUGGAUCAACCCCAGAUAUCCAUUGUCUGUUACAGAAGGUGGAUUUGGCAAUUGGUUCUUUCACAAUCACAGCCGUUCGUGAAAAAAAGAUUGAUUUCAGUAAACCAUUCAUGGACUUCAAGAUGGCACUGAUCUUGCUAAUCCCGAAGGAAAAAGAAGACCUCUUUAAUUUUCACAAGCCAUUUUCUAGUAACGUUUGGUUAAUGGUAGUACUUACGGUAAGAUCUUGGCCAGAUAUCAACCAUAUUGCUCUACUAUGAGCUGUAACACGCUUUCAUCUAACAACAAUCGAUGAACAAGCAACAAAUAAGGGCACCCUUGGCAGCUGACUAUUAGCGCGCGUGCCUUUCACUCAGGGACGUAGCGAAGCAUCUGAAGUUGGGGGGUGUCGGAGGAUUUUACCUGAAAUUUGAACUUCAAUGUUAAAAAUUUACCUGAAGUGUAAUAAUUAUAAUAGAGCUUUUUCUGAUUGAUUUCCACUAUCAUACUAAGCUUCCGAAGAAAAGGGGGGUCUAGGCAAUCCUUCCCCAGAAAAUGUUUACAUUUUUGAAGCCCCAGGACUGCAUUUCUGGCGUUUUCUAAAGCAAAUUCGCAAUCGAAUUCCAUCUAAAUUGACUGUAUUUUACAACAAUGGUAAUUUUGGGGAAUUUACACCCCUCAUCCAGCCCCCCGGUCGCAACGUCUUUGCUUUCACCAGUUUUGCGACCAGGGUUCGCUGCAUGCAAUAAUUUCAUUCAAUAACGUUGUUUAAUGUGAAGAAAGACUGGGCGAUUCCAACUCUUUUAAACGUUUCUGGGUGUCCCAGUUUUUUUCAACAUAAGCACUCGAUCGCAAAGGGAUGGCUUUUACUGGGCCUCCAGUAAGUAAGUGGGGUAUUUUAAUCGUCCUUACUUUGAGAGCCGAGCUGAAUUAUGAAGGACGCAGCUCAACUGAUCGCGUCGAAGGCUUACUAAGGACGUUUUUGGCUGCCACCGUAUGACUCAUGUCUGUUCAUGGAGCGCAGCUACGAUGGAAUCAAGGGUACGUUAGUUUGGUAUAUUUCCCAACCCAGGGUGGGUUUCAGGGUCACCAGUUCCUGUGGGAGGAAACCGUAGUAUCUGGAGCAAACAGAUUUUCGGUAAAGGGCCUUUCGGUAGAGCUCUUCAUUCAGGUAAGUGUCCGCAGUGAGAAUCGAACCCACGAUCUCAGAGAUGAAAGUUAUACUACUUACUCUGACAACUGCGCCACCAAAACCCCAAUAAUAUAGAGAACAGUUUGGGCCGGGAGAUCAAAUUAGCAAAAGUUAUUCAUACGGCCACUCCCUUCCACAUUAGUCCAACCAUUUCAUACCACCUCUCUCAUACUUCAUAUAGGUUUUUGCUAUGACCUUUCUGCUAUGCUGUGUAGACUAUUUUAGUCCUCUGGGAUACCGAAAAACAGCAGAGAACGAAGGUGAAGGUGAAGAAUUUAACUUGAUGAACAGUCUGUGGUUUGCUACGGCAAGCACUCUACAACAAGGUGGUGAUAAUACGCCCAAAUCACCAUCAGGACGUAUACUGGCUGCAGCAUUCUGGUUCUUUAUUCUUAUCAUUAUAUCCACGUAUACUGCCAAUCUGGCUGCUUUCUUUACAAGUAAGUCUAGGACCGUUAUCAUAGCCAGAAAUCAUCAUCCUGAUUAACCUGAGUAUCAGGCUUUCCAAACUCGAGGAGGGCCUGAUACUCAGGUUACAUCCUGAUUAAACAAUAAUGUGUCAACUUUAAAUCUUUAUUCUAUCACUUUAACAGAUAAAAAAAUUGAGAGCCCAAUCAAGAGCCUGGACGAUCUUGUCUACAAAUCAAACCUAGAGUAUGGUAUGGAAAAGGACGGUCAAAACAUGGACUUCUUAAAAGCAUCAAAACAACCCAUCUACAAGAAAAUGAUCAGCCACAUCAACGAAAAGGACACUGCGAUGACCUCAUCUAAAGCGGGUGUUGCGAGAGCAAGAUUAGGUGGAUAUGCUUAUAUUUCAGAGACGCCUAUAUUGGAGAACUACAACAAUCAGAAGCCGUGUAAUACUAUGUUGGUUGGUGAUCUGUUUGAAGUGAAGAGUUAUGGGUUUGGUUUAACCAAGAAUUCAGAGUACACUAAUGCUCUCUCCGUAGCAAUUCUUAAGGUAAGCUGGUGAUAGAAGCUGCCAUAUUCAGAACUUUCAUAAAAAUUCACCAUAGAUUAGAAGCCAGCUACUCAAGCUUUGUUUGCUUCGCCACAGCAAUGGGAGAAACAAAACACAUUAUUCAAUAUCACACCAAACUGCCGGACCAAAAAUAUACCAUACGGAACGGUUUAUACUUUUAUUGCUGACUUAUAUCGAGUGUACACUAAUAUUUUGCCACAACCACUAUCACCAACAUCAUCAUCACCAACCACCAUCAUCAUCAUCACCAACCACCAUCAUCAUCAUCACCAACCACCAUCAUCAUCAUCACCAACCACCAUCAUCAUCAUCACCAACCACCAUCAUCAUCAUCACCAACCACCAUCAUCAUCAUCACCAACCAUCAUCAUCAUCAUCAUCACCAACCACCAUCAUCAUCAUCAUCAUCACCAACCACCAUCAUCAUCAUCACCAACCACCAUCAUCACCACCACCAACCAUCAUCAAUAAAAUUUGGUCAUGCUAUAAAUGUCUUUAUUUUACGUCUAAUAAUCAAGUCCAGGAGUCUUCAUUGCGAUUUUAUUACAAAAUCUGUUUCACAAUCGUUUUUGAAGGCUGGCAUGUUCAACUACAUUUAUCUGUUGGAACGACCAACCAACAACACAUAAUGAUAAUACUUUAUUCGGUAUAUUUAAUCGACUAGAAGUAAGCCUAAAACAACAAGUAUCUAUUCAUAGGAUGAUUGACAUAUAAUAUGGCCGGAUUAUAAAUGUCCAGUGCUAAGAUUUAUUCAGCCUAUAAAACGGUCGCCAGCCAACAAUAUAUAUGACAAUGAGACAGAAUUGUCAAUCUACUAUUUUUAUGCCCCUGCACUGCAGAUCAUUCAGGUUUCUUGUGUUGUAGCUUCGUGAAGAAGGUUUCAUUGAAAAACGUCGAAAAGCUUGGUGGGAUGAGAAAUCUCAGUGCAGUAGAGAGCCACCAGCAUCAGCAACAGUCACACUGGAACUGAAGAAUCUUGGUGGUGUAUUUAUUAUCAUGACUGCUGGUAUUGUGACAUCAUUUCUAUUGUUGGGCAUUGAAAUCAAAUUCAAAUGGAUCAUCGAUCUUAUCUUGAAAGCACAGGUGAAACAAAUAGUGAAAUUGAAGUCCGUACUUUCACAAUUUAUAAACUAAAAUAUUGAGACAUACAUAAACUAUUGACUAUAUAUGAUGAGAGAUUCAUGACCUACAAUGUUAAGAGCAAAUUUGAUUAUACUUUCACAGAAAACAAUGAAAAUCAAGGCUGUUAACACAACAACGAUUUUUAUGGUUUGGCUUAUUUGUUGAUUACUGACAAUACAGUUACAGCUAGUGCAUGUAACAUGUAUAGUCCAAUCGCUUCCAUAAUCUUCUUAAUUCCAUUAGUCCACUUAUCCUUCGUCUUCUUCUGGUUUAUUUUAUUCUUCCUUGCUCUCUUAGCCAAUUUUCUAUCAUUCAUCGGAUCAAAUUUCCAACUCCUUAUACUAUAAUACUCAAUUAUGGCGGGAUUGUACUUCAGCUUUUCUUCUACUAUCAUCCAGUUUAAGAUAUUCUCGGAGUGAUAUUCCUUGUAUCCAUUGGAAUAUUCUCACCUCAGUCGUCUCAAAUAAACUCUGUUCCUCCUUCCUCAUUGCCAAGUUUCAGCUCCAUACAACAUCGCUGGCCUAAUGGAAGCCUAAUGUACAUUCUUGACCAUGCUUUUAGUCCAGCUUUUCUUCUAACCUCUUCGUCUGUAAGAUAUUCUUGGAGUGAUAUUCCUUGUAUCCAUCGCACCAUUCGCAUCUCAGACCUCCCUAGUAGCUAAGUUCACUUCUGCUUCCUCAGUUGUUCACACUGCAGCUCAAUGCAAACAAGCAUACAAGCAAACAAGCAUACAGAAAACAAGCAUACAGUAUAAGUUUUCUUCUAACAUUCUCGUUUGUAUAACAUGUUCUCGAAGUGAUAUGCGAUCAAUCCAUUCCAAACCAACCCUAAUCCUGACCCUAUAGUCCUUGCGAUUUCAUUUCGGGACAUUGAAAUGAAAAGUGCAUAAUUUCUAUGACAUUUUUCCUUAGGAAAAUAACACUGGUAACGACGAGCAACGCGAGACGGUGAUGAGAGUGGAGAUAUCUCAAGGAGAACGUCAGUUAAAUCCCAUCAACCGAGCGGAGCCGAUACCUCCACGACGACGUUGGCUCCCUUCUUUCAACUUUGGACGUUGACUUCAACAAUGAAGAAUAACAAAUAAAAAAUUAUCAAUGAUAGUUGGACUACCAGCAUCAGCGAUAAACUAUAAGCCGGUAAAGGAUUCAAGCAUGUCAACGAGAACUUAUUAAGUAUUAAGAACUUCGUAGAUAAUAAGGAUGGAUAACCUCUGGUGAAAAUACUCCGAGAGCAUAAAACGGCAAUAUAUGUAACGUAGAGACAAAUGUACUACAAUGUACAUACUUGUACUACAAUGUAUAUACUUGUCCUAGUGCACUUCUGGAAGUUCCUUAUACGGGCAUGUAUAGUUAAUAAUCUAAUAUGAAAAUGGUAAACUUGGGGGAUAAAAUCUGUGUUCUUGAAGAAAUUUGAACCCACAAAACUUUGGUAAUGUUGUCAUAUGUUACGAAAUAUAUAUACACGUAUAUAAAUUUCCCAAAAAUCUCUUGCGAAUUGCCUCUGAAAUUGCUUUGUUUCAUAUAUAUCGCACUAUUACAUAUUAAUUUUCCAAUACAUAUGAAAGGCAUGAAAUAUCAUGACAUCUAUAUUACUCUUGCAUUCAUGUAAAAACAAUGCCUCAAAUAAAUUCUAUAAUUACGUGCGGCAUUUCGUAAUAAUUGUAAGUUGGCCGUGAACUUUCACUGCAACCACAACACAAGUGAUAAUUGUUUCUUCAUUAACCUUUGUGAUUAAAACGCGGCGACCGCCCAAGUGUUACUAUAAUUAAAAAUUUUAGGUUCACGUAACUAUGACAACAUAUGAUAGAAAGAUCAAUCGCGAUAACGAGUUUGCGAAGAAAGGUCGUUCAAGAGUUUUCAUUAGACAGAUUUAUUAGAUCGAGGACGCGGACAUCAAAACUAGACGACGUGAAAAUGGCGUGUUGUGCCCAUGUAUGGAUAUGCCACGCCAUUUUGACGUCAUUUUCACGUCGUCUUUGACGUCCGCGUCCUCGAUCUAAAUGUGUCUAUUAAACUUAGCCACAAAUCUUCGGAAAUUUGUUUGAAAGUUUUUAAUUUCGCUGCAAAGUUUGCAAGUCGUCAAAAAGUUGGCUGCGCCAAUUUCAAAUUUGAGGUCGAAGUCGGCCUAUGAGAGAAAUGAAGCCAAGAUGGAGGACAUUGACGUCCAGUGCUGAUGAAAGUCGUAAACAGUUUUUAUACUAUUUUCCCUCGCAAAUUCUACUUUUUUCCUGAUGGGAUCGUAUUGCUAUUCAAAUGAUCAGUUCAUGAAACCCUAAUACUACUCUUUAAAUUGAUGUUAGCCUGCGAAUAGGCUCACUAAAUUGAUGUAAAAAACGAAAUUUCGACUGUGCUAACCGCGCAGACAAAAACAAUGGAAAGGGAUUGGCACUGCACGCCCAUUUCCGCCAUUUUUGCGUGGGUUCACUUUUUGUUCGCAAGUUCUCACUCCAGAUAUAUGGAGUUCACUGCAUGGUUCUCCCCGCGGGUAACAUAUUUCCCCACCCUUCCACUUCAUAUUAUAAUCACCUUAUACCCAUUUUUUUAAUCAGCUUACGGAGAUGCCAAUUAAGUGAUAAAAUUCAUAUGAACUUUAUUUCACUACAAAUUUGUUUCGUAUGAUAAGAGUGUUGCCACACUCAUCAGGUGAAUUAAAAAAAAAAAAAUUUUUAAUUUUUGAAGUAAAUCAAGUUUGUCUUCUAAUCUUAUUAGCUCUACUACGGUAUAUUGAGCACUCUACUCAUAUGUUCAGAAAUGGCAAUUUUAUUUGUACUCUGGUGAAAAUAUACGAGAUGUUACUCUGAACCCGCGGUUUGCUGGUCCAAUGCUCUACGAACUGAGCUACGCGAUGAAGUUGGUGACACAUCUUAAAUAGAACUCCUAUUAUUAUUGGUUUCCAGGAGCAAAAAUAUAUUUUACCCAUGAUUAUGAAAUUUUUAUCUAAAAUAGCUAACAUUCUGCAAUAUUCGAAUAUUCACAUGUGUUUUCCUUCAUCACCAAUUUCAUUUCAGCUAAAACAUUGCAUCACACAUAAUCGAUUUAAUUACUUUUCAGUACAAAAACCAUCCUAAACCCUUAACAACAUGAGAAAACUUGUUGAAAGUUGAACUCAUUAAAUCGCAAUCAACAUUUUUGGAAUGCUUUACGUAAUCAUGCAGCGAGCCUUAGUCGGGAUGUUGUAAGUCACCUUAAGAGAGGUUGAGUAUAGGUUGAGUAUGUUGACAGAAAUUAAGUUUUCAUUAAAAUGUCUGCGAGGUUAAUGUGUCGAGUGUAUUAUCAAGAAUGGUAAAGCUAAGUGAUUUAGCAGGUGCAGUGUUAAUCAGGCGUAUGCAUUUGUGUCCGUGUACAUUCCUCGUUUUGCUCUCAUUAUGCUAUAUAGGUAAGAAAAACACCGCGUGGUCAAAACUGCUGCGUAUCGACUGCUUGCCGUAUUCGAAAGACUUGACAUAGAUUGUUUUUAUACAAUGCGCGCUAUAGCAAAAAAGUUAUAUGACUCUUCUUGUCACAAGGACCUUCAGCCGUUUCCUUAUAGUAAAUGCUUUUCUCCUUCAGUAUUCUACUCCUAUUAUUUUGGCAGACAUUUCCCUAUCCAUUUUAGCGGACUCUCGCGUGAGCUUGACCGCGGUGUUGCAUGGUAUAAGAAUUACUAAGAGAGAAGAGGCUUUAGAUAAACAAUAGUCACAAUGAUUGUUUUAACAGGUAUAAGCUAGGUCACAGACAUAUUAAUGGUACGUGCUUGAUAUACAAAGAGUGCAGACUGUAUUCCUAUUCUCUCCACAGGAGUCAGUAGAGUCGGUAGCGCGAACCGCUGAACCCAAAACCUCAGGAAAAGCAAUCGCUCUGACGACGGCGCCGAACAAUCCUACUGUAUAUGCGCACACUGAUUCGUACUAUUGAUUCUAAAGGACGGACCAUUAGAAAAGUGUAAGGGGGGGGGGGGGUAGACCCAGGAGAGCAGAAAAAUUCAUACAAGCAAAAAAAUCUGAAAAAAUGCAGCCAGGUGGCAGAAAAACUAUAUAACAAGAUCCAUCCAUGGCGGAAACUUUAAACCUUUCUAAUCGGGUCUGUCUCCUGCCGGGAUCUCGAUGAGAUAUAUACGCAGUGCAAGUUUAUAGCAAAAAAGAGGAGGCAAGACACUCAAUUGCAUUCAGUACAUCUUCGAAUAUUAACGAUACACAACUGCUUAUAAAUAAACGUGCGCCUGUGUGUUAUAUAAUAAGUCUGAACAACGCCCAGCCCCAUAUGAGAGACUUGAACCUUGUAGUAAGUGGUUUGGACACCGCAUCGAAAUCGCAGUCCUUUCCAUCAUUCGAAUUAUAUAUAUAUAUUAUAUAUAUAUAUAUAUAUAUAUAUAUAUAUAUAUAUAUAUAUAUAUAUAUAUAUAUAUAUAUAUAUAUAUAUAUAAUAUAAUAUAUAUAUAUAUAAUAUAAUAUAUAUAUAUAUAAUAUAAUAUAUAUAUAUAAUAUAAUAUAUAUAUAUAUAAUAUAAUUUAAGAUUUGUGAUCCAGGCAUAUUAUAAUUAAUUAAAGUUCUCCGGAUUGAAAUAUACUUUUAUUAAAAGUAUAUUAAUAAAAGUAUAUUUCAAUCCGGAGAACUUUAAUUAAUUAUAUAAAUAUAUAUAGGCCUAUAUAGUUUUUCGUUUUACCUCAAAUUUCGUUUUACCUCACUCCCUCAUUACAAGAUCGUAAAGCCGAAUCCAUUUUCAUAAUACAUGAAAUAAUUUCGCUCCAUUUAUUAAGCACACAAAUCAUAAAUAUAUUAUGAGAUUAUGUGAUAGCUAUCACACUUAAAGGUGUGUAUUUGGAAGUUAGUUUAUACACUCGAAAUCCAUAAUCAUUACAUAUUAACAAGAGUCUAGACACCGUUAAGAGUGCACAAGUAAUUUCUCCCUUGAAUUGCUUUUGGAAACAUUUGGCAAUUGCCGUAACCUAGGAGACAAUUACGACCUAAUUGCAAAAGCCGAAAACAUCCCCAUUUUACAAUAAAGUCCAAUAUAUUAAUCUUCCAUAUUCUCAUGUUUUCAUUAAGAAAUCCUCAGAUUACAAUUGCCGAGAUACAACAUCGAGAGCCUGAUCCUAUAUUUAUCAUUUUUAAUCCUUAGUUACCACUUAUGUGGCCCUUAGAUCUUUCUAUCCUUUCGUAAAUUGUUAAGCAACUAUAUGUAUAUAUGCGAGUUAUCCAGCGAUUCAUGCAAACUAGCCGAUUUAGUAGUCUAUAUAAAUUAGCAUCAAAACGUUAGGUCGUCAAUGCAAUUCCACUGGCGAAAACGUGCCUGAUCUAUUAUAUAUCUUUCUCAAAAUACAUACAUGCAUUUGUCAGCUUGACUUUGAAUAAAGACAUACAUGUGAAUAGCGAACUAUACAGACCAAUUCGAAAACUAUUUCUCAUUCUUCUUUCUCCCGAAAUUAAUUUCAACCAAUUAGGUAAUCAUUGCCACCUUGCAUGUAGAAUCUUCAAGACUAACAGUUUUGCAGAGUAUAAAUGUGAUACCGCGUGUAUUCUCUUUGACAAAUUAAAUCUUAAAAACACCGGAAUGUGUCAGCUAGAUUUUGCUUUUUGCACAAUAGAUGAUCCCCUUAACGUUUUCGUAGCGCUUUACAUUGUGGUUAUAGUGGUAUCACUGAUAUUUAAGAUGGCUUAUUUUUUGUCCCGACCCGUGUGAAGAACUUUUAGAAAAGCUAGGGUCAGGUGCACGAUAGUCAACAGCAAAAUAUUCGCGAAAACAUUCAAUAUUUUCAUUCGAGGCCGCUAUUUUUAUCAGUGAUACCACUGAUAACCACAAUGCAAAGCGCUACGAAAACGUAAUAAGGGUAAUCAUCUAUUCAGAGGGCUAUAAUUUUGCUUGCAGAUUGUUUUCAGGCUUAAACUUUUGCACUCUGCCUUUUGAAAACAUUGUUUAUUAGUCCGAAAAUAUAAAAAAUGUAAAAUUGCGGCAGCUCGUUUUCGAAUCGGUCAAUGUUCUAUAGAAGAUGUACUACUCUUAUUCUUAAUGUAUUUUAAAACAAAUACGGUGAAAACCUGACAAUCUCUUAUUGGUAUAGUAUUCAUUAACAUUAUUCUAUCUUUAACCAUUCAUAAACCGUAAUAAUUCAUAACAGAAGUUGCGAGGUCCACCGCAGGACUUCCUUGAGGCAUUAAGUAUAAACUAUUAUGACAAAUGGCCCUACAAGGCGCCCUUACUACUAUGGAAGUUUCUGUGAUCAUAAUAGGAAUUUUGCAUGGGUAUAAAUUCUAAGUUUUAUAAAGCAUUUAUAAGAAAUUUUGAGGGAACUGACUAGUUUUAAACAUUGAGUCAGUUCUCUUAAAUAUUUCUUACAAAUACUGCGAUGGUGUAACUUUGAUGGUGUAAACCAGGCUUUAGGCUAAUUUUUCUGUAAUUAGAAUGGCUUCAACAAACUGUGAAUCAACGAGCUUGAAUUAAGACCGUUAUAUUUUCCAUUUCAACCGUAUCGUAGACCUGAGAAAAAGUGGGAGGAACAUAUCAUAUACUUCCUGAUCUCUCAUUUGAGACAUGCAACAUAAACACAAUCAAGGAUAUUUAGUUGUUGCUGCAUACAUAAUGAGUAAAGUAUACGGUCAAAUUUUACUUGCAAAGUAUAUAUUAAUAAAUAUACAACAACAAAGGUAUAUAUACUUGUACUUUUUUGUUGCAUACAUAAUGGAGUAGUGGAUUAUUUCCCGUUUUUUAAGGCAUUUGAAAGGGGAAAGUUAAGGAUCCGGAACAUUCAACACUUUUCCAGGUCCGGCUUGAUACAUCCCAUGUGAACUCAGAAGACGAAAUUAUGAAGAUACAAAUUAAUACCGAAAACUCGGGCAGCUGAUUAUAUGACGAAUACAUAACACCCGCAAAGCUUUCGCUUCUUUUUUACGUGGGUGUCAGGGUCUUGAUUAGAUCGCCGAAUACUAAUGCUAUGGCUGGCGCCUUACUUUUGUCAACAUUGCACUUAGCGAAUAUGAAUAGCGUACACAUUUUAAGAAUAAAUACUGCGGCCUAAAGAGGUUCGAUUUUAGUCUAAAGAUCAACAUUAGUUAAGCUUAUAAGCGCCUGCUUAGCAAAGAAUAAAUUCGCACCCCACAGAGUUUCAGGGCCCCAGCACUGCAAAUAAACGAAAGGGGAGUUUUGACGCGUGUCAGCACGCAGUCACCAGUGCCAAUUGGGAUUCGAUCACACUUGUACAUAAAUGCAUAUUUGAAAGGACAUUGUCGCAACACUCACUCAACAACUCAUGAAUAUAUGAGUAUGUGUAUACUAAAUGUCUAUUUCUGGCAGUUUUAUACAUUGGGAACAAUUGUAAGGUCUCAAACUGUGUGUAAGUAAUAUAUUUCCUCGCAAGAGUAACCGUGUUUGUCGUGUGUGAAGUCAAAGACGCUCGCUAAGCGAACACAGGUGCACAUAAUCAAUAUAGCGAGAUUGGUUCUCGCUGUGUGUUUGAUAAAUAACAGUGUUGCCAACACGACGUCCAUAGGCAAUCACAACUCCAUUUGCUGCAGUCAAAAAUCCAAUUCACAUCAAGGUAUCAGCUUAUCGGGAACGAAACGCGUCUCGGGAUAAAAGGAAAAUUGCUGAACUGUAAACACCGCUAGUAUACGGACACGCAAAUACAGCUGCACGUCAUAAUGAGUGGCUACGUAGGAGAUUUCAGCGUCCCUCAAGGUCUUCAUGACAUGCUUCAGGAGUUUGUAGUUCAAUGUCUGAUCGAGAAACCGGAGGAUCUUGCCGCCUUCGCAGUGGAGCACUUCACCAAACUACGCAACAGCGGUAAACAUGGCAACGUAGGAGAAGGCAUCCAAGCCACGCGACCGGUGGCAGAAGCAAAUGACAACAACAUAGGAGCUCAAAAAUCAACGGCUAUUGUUAACGGCGCUGAAGACAUGGCGGACACAACUUCUGACGAGGAGAUGGUUCCCCCUGUUCGAAUGCCUGUUCGUGGUCGGCGACGAGCCGUGGCUGCUGAAACCUACGAUCCUAGCAAGGAGGAUCAUGACGUCAAGAAAGUCGUACAUCCGAAAACAGAAGAACAGCGAAGUCGGCUCAAACACGCUAUGCAAAACAUAUUGUUAUUCAAAGCAUGCGAGGCUGAACAAAUACAAGACAUCUUGGAUGCGAUGCUCGAGAGAAAAGUUCAAAAAGGGGAUGAAGUCAUCACACAAGGCGACGACGGGGAUAAUUUCUACGUUAUCGAGCUUGGAACGUAUGAUGUGCUUAUAAACAUUGCCGCUGGGGAACGGAAGAAGGUGCAUACGUUUGUCGAUUCGGGGAGCUUCGGUGAGUUAGCACUAAUGUAUAACUGUCCUAGAAACGCUACUAUAAUCGCCCAAUCGGAGGGGAUCUUAUGGGCAUUGGAUCAAGCAGUGUUUAGGCGUAUCGUAGUAGGCGCCGCCGCUCGAAAGAGACGUUCCUACGAAUCCCUACUGGAAGGUGUACCAAUGCUUUCCGAGUUGACGGACUACGAACGUGCGAACUUAGCCGAUGCUCUAGAGAGUACGAGUUUUGAAAACCAUGAAUGCAUAAUCCAGCAAGGAGAUAGCGCAGAUUGCAUGUACUUUGUCGAGGAUGGCUACAUACGGAUCGUGUUAGGAAAAGGUGCUGAAAGCAAGGAGAUCUCAGUGUUGAAAAAGGGCGACUAUUUCGGCGAGAUGGCUUUGGUAAUGAAUCAACCGCGAUCAGCGUCUGUGUACGCUAAAGGUAAAGCAAAGUGUGCAAAGCUUGACGUCGGAGCAUUUGAAAGACUCCUAGGACCGUGUAUGGAAAUUAUGAAGAGGAACAUUGAGAACUACGACUCAACCCGUAAA